UAUCUAAACAUGAAGUUCCUCAUCGUCUUCGUUGCCCUCUUCGCCGUUGCCCUGGCAGCGCCCACUGACGAUGCUGCUGCACAGAUUCAGCGUAGCGAAGCUGAUGUUAGACCAGAUGGCUACACCUUUAACUACGAGACAUCCAACGGUAUUGCCGCCCAGGAAACUGGUCAGCUGAAAAACAUUGGCACUGAGGCCGAGGCUAAUUCCGUUCAAGGCUCAUUCUCGUGGGUUGGUCCCGAUGGUCAGUCCUACGUCGUCAACUAUAUUGCCGAUGAGAACGGUUUCCAGCCCCAGGGCUCUCAUUUGCCCCAAGCCUAAGA